AGGGGUGAGAAGCUCGCUCAUCCUCUCUCUUCUGUGAGACUCAGAGCAUGUGAUGAACAACCGACUUCUUCAGGCCAUUCGCAGAUGUGUUGCCUCAACUCCAGGGAAUUAACAGCUGACCUCACAGCUGUCUGCUCUGCGCCGGGCGUAAAGGGACCAUCUCUGUGUUGCUGUAGAGUACUGGUUCAUAUUCUCCAUAACCAUGGACCUGACCGCGCUUUCAGACGAUGAGGCCAAGCACGUCUGGGAGGUCAUACAGAGAGACUUCACCCUCAGGAAGAUAGAAGAAGAGAGACUGGGGGACCUAAAGACUAAGAUAGAGAAGGAGGACACUAAGAUUGAGCUGCUGGGUACUCAGACCACCCUGGUAGACUCUCACUGUAUCCGCUGUCUGCAGCCCUUCAAGUUCCUGGUCAACAGUAAGCGUCAGUGCAUAGACUGUAAGAUGUACACCUGCAAGGCAUGCAGCCGCUACAACAAGAAGGAUCACGGCUGGGUGUGCGACCCCUGUCGUAUGACAAGGGUCCUUAAAAUUGGAACAGUGGGAUGGUACCAUGACAAUGUGCGCACCCGUUUCAAGCGCUUCGGCAGUGCCAAGGUGAUGAAGUCUCUUUACAAGCGACUCAAUGGAGAGGGCGCCCGUCGUGACAGUGACACACAAAGCAUGCCUGAUUUCCGCAAUGAUAGGUACAAUGGUCAUGAUGAGGACUAUGCAGAAGCAGAAGCUCAGCGAUACAAAAUGAUGCGAAAGAACAAGCGCCUGCUCUCUGUUCAUCCCAUGGACUUGGAUGUGGAUAUAGAAGAGUAUUUUCCACCCCACUCUCGCACUCACUCUCGUCGACAAUCCUACCAGCAGAUCCAGGAGGAGCGAGGUGGUGGUCACCGGGGUGACAUGGAGUUCAUGGAUUCCAUGCAGCAACAACAACACCGCAUGAACCGUAGGAAGAGCCUGGAUAGGUACAACAUGCGCCCUGACGAUGGGCAGUAUGGGAUGGUGCGUGCCCGCUCCCUAUCCAAGAUCAGCUCCUCUAUGAACCGCCAGCACUAUGUGGACACGUCAGAAGAGGAGGAGGGAGGGCGCAACACCAUGUACCAGACCCCCUAUCGCCGACGCCCUUCCUACAGCCGAGUUGGCUCUCACGAGAACCUGCAGGCCCCAACACAGCAACCGGUCAAUGCGCUAAACAAGCGCAUGUCAGCCAUAGAGAGUCUCCUGAACCGGCUGGAGUCCAAGAUGACUCUACCCCCCGACGAUGAGGAGACGCCCCCGACCGCUGCACAGAUAGAGGAGGAGAAGCUGAGGAGGAAGCUGAGCGAGCUGGCGGGGAACAUCAGCGUUCCGUCCUCCGACGAGGAAGCAGGAGGGGGGAAGAAGACCCCUUUAUUAAAGAGGGCCGCUGUGAAGAGUAACCUCCCAGUCCUCCCCCUAGAGCCCCUCAGUUCCUCCAGCGAUGAGGGGCCCACCGAGGCUCAGCAGAGAUCCACCGCGGCGGCCCUCUGUGACAUCACCAAAGAGUUUCUAAGAACCAUUAAUGCCGCUGAAAGCGCGAUGAACGAGUACUUCCCCUCAAUAACGUCUAAUGACAGCCCCAUGAUAACUGACGUGGCUGACGUAAGGAAAGCAGCUGAGUCUUACAGGGAACUUGAGGAAAAUGUGUACAUGACCUCAGGGAAAUCCUUUGAUCUGGAGAAGAAGCUGAGGCAUCUGGAGCAGAGUGCCAAGAACCGCUUCGGAGGGGCCACAGACUCGGAGCUGUCUGACCUGGAGGACGUGGUGGCUCUGACUGCACAUCGGGUCCAGAGCACUGAAAGUGAGGUGUCUGAUUUGGAGAACAAACUUGCUGCUCUAAGUGCUUCAGGGAAGAAAAAGAUAUCAGGUUCACAGAACAGGAAAAGGUUUAACCAAGACUUCCCCACAAAACCCAGCAACGGCUCAGGAUCCCUACGGAAAUCCAAUCACAUGUAAAAGGACUGUACGACGAAUGAAAUAUUAUGUCUGUAUUAUCUUAGUUACUGAAAUAUACCUUCAACCUUAUCUGUCACUGAUCCACUGUAUAUCUGAUGUCAAUCUCAUAUCCACAUUGUUACAGUAUGUGAAUGGUAUAUCCACACCCACAAUGCACAGCAGUUAUGUGCUGUAAAAGCAGGCUACACCAUAGCUAUGUUCAAUGCAAAAACAACCCUGGUUUACUGCCUGAAAGCCAUACGCAUUCUAAAGUAUCCUCUCAGUCUCAAUGUAUCUGAUGUCUAAACUCAUGAAAUGCUCUGAUGUGAUUGGUCAAAAGGGCAAUUUGUGGGGAAAAAAUAUCAGAAUUGGGCUUCCUGCUGCAAAACAGUCUAAGUUUCCUGAUUUAAAAAAUGAAUCUGUGCCAUAUAGGCUACCAACAUUCAAGCAGAGGCCAGAGGUGACUUUCUGUGUUAAAAUGGAGUUUGAUUAGUGAACACUGGUAAAGUGGUAGUUUCUGUACACUAUCAUGACCUCGUCUAAUAAUGACCUUUUGGGUUGCAUGGGAUUCUGGGAAACAAGCACCACGACUUACUAUCUUACAUCACCAACUGUGUUACAUUCAAAUAACAGAGUGUCUGUUACAUAUUGUCGUAGUACAUCUCUUUCUGAAAAAGAACAGUGAAAUGUUGUCUUGACACUGACCAGACAAAUAUGAUAUGAAAUAACAAGUUAUCUAGUCUGGAUAAUGAUCUCUGUUUGGUUUUCUCUCAAUUCAUAUAAAAAAAUAUGUCUGAAACCGUUUUCAAGACAAUUAUAAAUAUUGCAGUAGGAUGAAUAUAUAUACUGUAUCAUUUGAAAAGCUCCAGUGCUGUCACUGGGCUUCUGCAUCUAAUAAAUUGUAU